AUGACUAACCUUCUCUGCAAGGCCAUCGAAUAUGUUUGGAUGCCUGAAGCGCACCAUCUCUUCAAACAGCUCAAGGAUGCUUUCACCUCCACUCCUGUUCUAGCAUAUCCAGACCCUUCCAAAGCGUUCAUAAUGGAAGACGAUGUAUCCAAUGAAGCCAUACUCUCCCAGAGGCAUGGGCCACUGAACCUCUGCACAUACUCCAGAAAACUCGCCCCUGACAAAUGGAAUUAUGAACUAUUAGAUAAAGAAUUGCCCACAAUUAAAUCAGCCUUUGACGAGUGGCAUCAUCAGCUCAACGGAGCCCAAUACCCAGGAUCACAUAUGUUGAUGAACAGAUACCACUGGGUGCUCCCUGCUAGAACAUUUAUUACUAGUACUCCAUCUGGAACAGUGAACUUCAUCCCGCCACUGACAACAAGCCCAGUAAUAACAUCCUUCAACCCUGCUCACAAUGGCCGCGUAUGCAGUACGUGGGGCAAUUUCCACUUCAAGACUUUUGAUGGGGACAUCUUUUACUUCCCUGGGCUCUGUAAUUACAUCUUUGCAUCCCACUGCAAUGCUGCCUAUGAGGACUUCAACAUCCAGAUCAGGCGCACUGUGGUGGAAAAUGCUCCUACAAUCAACCAUAUCACCAUGAAGCUCGAUGGGGUGGUUUUUGAAAUGGCAAAGAACUUUGUUGUUGUCAAUGGCAACAGGGUUCAGCUGCCUUACAGCCAGUCUGGAAUCAUGGUUGAGAGAAGCAGCAUGUAUAUGAAAGUGACUGCCAAAAUGGGCCUGGUUUUCAUGUGGAAUGAAGAUGACAGCAUUCUGCUGGAACUGAAUGACAAAUAUGCCAAUUAUACCUGUGGGCUUUGUGGGGACUUCAAUGGUAUUCCAACUUACAAUGAGUUCUUUUCAAAUGAUGCUAAGCUGACUGCCAUGCAGUUUGGAAAUAUGCAGAAGAUGGAUGGGCCAACAGAAGUCUGUGAGGAUCCUACAUCAUCCUCCCUAAACAACUGCACGGACAAUUCUGAUGACAUUUGCCGUAAAGUAUUGACUGGCCAUGCAUUUUCAGAAUGUAAUGCUCUAGUUGAGGUUAGCGACUACAUUAGGUCUUGUGAACACGACCUGUGCCGCUGUGACCAGUCUAAGAAUGCCUUCUGUAUUUGUAACACCUUUGGUGAAUACUCCCGGCAGUGCGCCCAUGCCAAUGGACAACCUCUGAACUGGAGAACCCCAGAACUGUGUCCCAAGACAUGUCCUUUCAACAUGCAGUACCAGGAAUGUGGAUCCCCCUGCACUGACACCUGCACCAACCCUGAAAGAUCUCAAGUCUGUGAAGAUCACUGUAUGGAUGGCUGCUUCUGUCCUCCAGGAACUGUGCUUGAUGACAUUAACAAUGCUGGCUGCAUCCCCCUUCAGGAGUGUUCCUGUCCUUACAAUGGCAACUCUUAUGCUCCAGGGACAUCUUUUGGAGCCCAUUGCCAUUCCUGUACCUGCAAUGGAGGUCAGUGGAAUUGCAAAGACAUUCCGUGCCCUGGAUCUUGUACAGUAGAGGGAGGUUCACACAUCUCCACAUAUGAUGAAAAACGUUACAAUGUCCAUGGAGACUGCACUUACGUUUUGUCUAAGCUCUGUGAAAAUGACACAUUCGCUGUUCUGGGAGAACUCCGCACCUGCGGCUUGACAGACACUGAGACAUGCUUAAAGACAAUAGCCCUCAGCAUUAAUGGGGGACAAACUAUCAUUGUGAUCAAGUCUGGAGGGGGUGUGUUUGUGAAUUGGAUCUACACUCAGUUGCCCUUCUCAGCAGCUAAUGUCACCAUUUUCAGACCCUCAUCCUUCUUCAUCAUGGUGGAGACAAACUUUGGACUCCAGCUGGAGAUCCAGCUUGUACCUGUCAUGCAAGUGUUUGUGCGACUGGAUCCAUCUUUCAAAGGGCAGACCUGUGGUCUCUGUGGAAACUUCAACAAUGUUGAGGCUGAUGACUUCAAAGCCAUAAGUGGUGUAGUGGAAGGAACAGCAGCUGCAUUUGCUAAUACCUGGAAAACACAAGCUUCGUGCCCUAACAUCAAAAACAACUUUGAGAAUCCUUGUGCCCUCAGCGUAGAAAAUGAAAAGUAUGCUCAGCACUGGUGUGGAUUGCUGACGAACAGCACAGGACCUUUUGUCAAUUGCCACUCCACAGUGAAUCCAGCUGUGUACCACACGAACUGUCUGUUUGACACCUGUAACUGUGAAAAGAGUGAGGAUUGUAUGUGUGCUGCCCUCUCUUCCUAUGUGAGAGCUUGUGCUGCCAAAGGAGUCCAGCUGGAGGGAUGGAGGACUGAUGUCUGUUCCAAAUACACAACCUCAUGUCCCAAAUCCUUGACCUACAGCUAUAACAUCAGUUCCUGUCAACCCACUUGCCGGUCUCUGAGUGAGCCCGAUGUCACAUGUAACAUCAGGUUCAUUCCAGUUGAUGGUUGCUCCUGUGAAAAAGGAACCUACAUGGAUGAAUAUGGCAAAUGUGUGUCUGCUAGCAAAUGUCCUUGUUAUUACAAAGGAUCUCCCAUUCCCUCUGGGGAAGCUGUUCAUGAAGAUGGUCUUGUUUGCACUUGUGCACAGGGUAAGCUGAGCUGCAUUGGAGCUGUGAACCAAAUGGCAGUUUGCGCUCCUCCCAUGGUCUACUUUGACUGCAGAAAUAUCACUGCAGGCACUACUGGAGCCGAAUGCCAGAAGAGCUGCCAGACUCUUGACAUGCAGUGUUACAGCACACAGUGUAUGUCUGGCUGCAUGUGCCCCUCUGGGCUAGUGUCGGAUGGUAAAGGCAGCUGUAUUGCUGAAGAGGAAUGUCCAUGUAUUCACAACGAGGCUACCUACAAACCAGGGGAAGAGAUCAAAGUUGACUGCAACACCUGCGUGUGUAAGAACAGGAUGUGGAACUGCACCAGUGAACAAUGCCUGGGUACGUGCGCUAUUUAUGGAGAUGGGCAUUACAUCACAUUUGAUGACAAACGGUUUAGCUUCAACGGAGAUUGUGAAUACACAUUAGUCCAGGACCACUGUGGGAAAAACAGCACAGUCAAUGGAACCUUCCGAGUUGUCACUGAAAACAUCCCCUGUGGCUCCACUGGGACUACCUGCUCUAAGUCUAUUAAAGUCUUCCUUGUGGGCUAUGAGUUGAUACUCAGUGAGGAACACCUUGAAGUGGUAGAAAGAGAAAAUGGAAGGCAAAUGCCAUACCAAGUCCGCUAUAUGGGCAUGUACUUAGUUAUUGAGACCAACAAUGGACUGAUCCUCAUGUGGGAUAAGAAAACCAGCAUCUUCAUCAAACUCAGCCCUGAUUUCAAGGGUCAGGUCUGUGGCCUGUGUGGGAACUACGAUGGCAAUGGCAUUAAUGACUUUACCACCAGAAGUCAGUCUGUGGUAGGAGAUGUGCUGGAGUUUGGAAACAGCUGGAAAGUGUCUCUUACUUGUCCUGAUGCCAAUUCUGCAAAGGACCCGUGCUCUACCAACCCUUAUAGGAAGUCCUGGUCACAGAGGCAGUGCAGCAUUAUCAACAGUGAAGUCUUUGCUGCAUGUCACUCUCAGGUUGAACCAACUAAAUAUUAUGAAGCAUGUGUGACUGAUGCUUGUGCUUGUGACAGUGGGGGAGACUGUGAAUGUUUCUGUACAGCAGUAGCUGCAUAUGCUCAAGCAUGUAGUGAAUUUGGUGUCUGUGUAGCCUGGAGAACUCCAUCAAUCUGUCCUAUGUUCUGUGAUUAUUACAACCCAGAAGGGGGAUGCGAGUGGCACUACAAGCCUUGUGGAGCCCCCUGCAUGAAGACCUGUAGGAAUCCAAGUGGAAGAUGCCUUCAUAAGUUACCAGGUUUAGAAGGCUGCUAUCCAAACUGUCCAGCAAACAAGCCAUAUUUCAAUGAGGAUGAGAUGACGUGUGUUGAUAACUGUGGCUGUUAUGACGCUGAAGGAAACUACCACAAACCAGGAGUGAGCUUCUACUCACGGGACAACUGUCAGUUAUGUACAUGUACAAUGGAAGGCUCAGAGUGCAAGUUUGAUGCUGAAGCAUGUUAUUGCUAUUAUGAAGAACAAAAAUAUAAAUAUAAGGAUGUCAUUUAUAACACCACAGAUGGGAUUGGAGGGUGUUUGAGUGCAACUUGUGGCAUGAAUGGAACAAUAACCAGAAAAUUCUUUGAAUGCAGUGGAAUUACAACUACCACCCCAUUCACAUUUAGUACAGUUCUACCUACGAGAACAACAACUACACCAUCAGUUACAACAGUGUGUGUUCACAAAGUGUGCGAUUGGUCAGAAUGGUAUGAUAGCAGCAAUCCAGCACAAGGCUCCAACAAUGGAGAUUUGGAAACAUUUGAAAAUAUAAGAGCUAAAGGACAUAGUGUUUGCAAAACUCCAAGCGCUGUGGAAUGCAGAGCGCAACAAUACCCUGGCACACCACUAAAAGACCUGAACCAAAAUGUGACAUGUAGCAAAGACAUUGGACUCAUAUGUAAUAACGAGGAUCAGAUUUCAACAAUCUGCUACAACUAUGAGAUCAAAAUAUUAUGUUGUACUUAUGUACCAUGUGAGUCUACACCAUCUACGCCAUCAGGAACAAGUAGCGCACACCCAACAGUAACAGCUACCUCACUUGAGUCAAAAACGAUUUCAAAUCCAACUACUUCAAUAAGUUCAGAAGUGCCGACUCCAUUCCCACUUACCACCACGCUUCUACCCCCAGUUUCCACUACCGUAUCAGUCACCUCCACUGCUUCUCCUCCAACUCCAGGCACAGCAACAGGCUCAACCGGUACACCACCACCGCCAACAGGCACAAUCCCACCUGUGACAGGCACGCGUCCACAACCUUCAUCGGGUUCCACCCUUCCUCCUUCCGGACGAACCACCACUGAAGGCACCACACUCCUCUCUACACAGCCAACAUCACAGGAAAGCACCACCACACUUCUACCCCCACUUUCCACUACCGUCUCAGUCACCUCCACCGCUUCUCCUCCAACUCCAGGCACAGCAACAGGCUCACCCGGUACACCACCACCGCCAACAGGCACAAUCCCACCGCCAACAGGCACGCGUCCACAACCUUCAUCGGGUUUCACCCUUCCUCCUUCUGGACGAACCACCACUGAAGGCACGACACUCCUCUCUACACAGCCAACAUCACAGGGAAGCACCACCACGCUUCUACCCCCACUUUCCACUACCGUAUCAGUCACCUCCACUGCUUCUCCUCCAACUCCAGGCACAGCAACAGGCUCACCCGGUACACCACCACCGCCAACCGGCACAAUCCUACCUGCGACAGGCACGCGUCCACAAACUUCAUCGGGUUCCACCCUUCCUCCUUCUGGACGAACCACCACUGAAGGCACCACACUCCUCUCUACACAGCCAACUUCACAGGGAAGCACCACCACGCUUCUACCCCCACUUUCCACUACCGUCUCACUCACCUCCACUGCUUCUCCUCCAACUCCAGGCACAGCAACAGGCUCAACCGGUACACCACCACCGCCAACAGGCACAAUCCCACCUGUGACAGGCACGCGUCCACAAACUUCAUCGGGUUCCACCCUUCCUCCUUCCGGACGAACCACCACUGAAGGCACCACACUCCUCUCUACACAGCCAACAUCACAGGGAAGCACCACCACGCUUCUACCCACACUUUCCACUACCGUAUCAGUCACCUCCACAGCUUCUCCUCCAACUCCAGGCACAGCAACAGGCUCAACCGGUACACCACCACCGCCAACAGGCACAAUCCCACCUGCGACAGUCACGCGUCCACAAACUUCAUCGGGUUCCACCCUUCCUCCUUCCGGACGAACCACCACUGAAGGCACCACACUCCUCUCUACACAGCCAACAUCACAGGGAAGCACCACCACGCUUCUGCCCCCACUUUCCACUACCGUAUCAGUCACCUCCACAGCUUCUCCUCCAACUCCAGGCACAGCAACAGGCUCAACCGGUACACCACCACCGCCAACAGGCACAAUCCCACCUGCGACAGUCACGCGUCCACAAACUUCAUCGGGUUCCACCCAUCCUCCUUCCGGACGAACCACCACUGAAGGCACCACACUCCUCUCUACACAGCCAACAUCACAGGGAAGCACCACCACGCUUCUACCCCCACUUUCCACUACCGUAUCAGUCACCUCCACUGCUUCUCCUCCAACUCCAGGCACAGCAACAGGCUCCACCGGUACACCAGCACCGCCAACAGGCACAAUCCCACCUGUGACAGGCACGCGUUCACAAACUUCAUCGGGUUCCACCCAUCCUCCUUCCGGACGAACCACCACUGAAGGCACCACACUCCUCUCUACACAGCCAACAUCACAGGGAAGCACCACCACGCUUCUACCCCCACUUUCCACGACCGUAUCAGUCACCUCCACAGCUUCUCCUCAAACUCCAAGCACAGCAACAGGCUCAACCGGUACACCACCACUGCCAACAGGCACAAUCCCACCUGCGACAGUCACGCGUCCACAAACUUCAUCGGGUUCCACCCUUCCUCCUUCCGGACGAACCACCACUGAAGGCACCACACUCCUCUCUACACAGCCAACAUCACAGGGAAGCACCACCACGCUUCUAGCCACACUUUCCACUACCGUAUCAGUCACCUCCACUGCUUCUCCUCCAACUCCAGGCACAGCAACAGGCUCAACCGGUACACCACCACCGCCAACCAGCACAAUCCCACCUGCGACAGGCACGCGUCCACAAACUUCAUCGGGUUCCACCCAUCCUCCUUCCGGACGAACCACCACUGAAGGCACCACACUCCUCUCUACACAGCCAACUUCACAGGGAAGCACCACCACGCUUCUACCCCCACUUUCCACUACCGUCUCACUCACCUCCACUGCUUCUCCUCCAACUCCAGGCACAGCAACAGGCUCAACCGGUACACCACCACCGCCAACAGGCACAAUCCCACCUGCGACAGUCACGCGUCCACAAACUUCAUCGGGUUCCACCCUUCCUCCUUCAAGACGGACCACCACUGAAGGCACCACACUCCUCUCUACACAGCCAACAUCACAGGGAAGCACCACCACGCUUCUACCCCCACUUUCCACUACCGUAUCAGUCACCUCCACUGCUUCUCCUCCAACUCCAGGCACAGCAACAGGCUCAACUGGUACACCACCACCGCCAACCAGCACAAUCCCACCUGUGACAGGCACGCGUCCACAAACUUCAUCGGGUUCCACCCUUCCUCCUUCCGGACGAACCACCACUGAAGGCACCACACUCCUCUCUACACAGCCGACUUCACAGGGAAGCACCACCACGCUUCUACCCCCACUUUCCACUACCGUAUCAGUCACCUCCACUGCUUCUCCUCCAACUCCAGGCACAGCAACAGGCUCACCCGGUACACCACCACCGCCAACAGGCACAAUCCUACCUGCGACAGGCACGCGUCCACAAACUUCAUCGGGUUCUACCCUUCCUCCUUCUGGACGAACCACCACUGAAGGCACCACACUCCUCUCUACACAGCCAACAUCAAAGGGAAGCACCACCACGCUUCUACCCCCACUUUCCACUACCGUCUCACUCACCUCCACAGCUUCUCCUCCAACUCCAGGCACAGCAAAAGGCUCACCCGGUACACCACCACCGACAACAGGCACAAUCCCACCUCCAACAGGCACGCGUCCACAACCUUCAUCGGGUUCCACCCUUCCUCCUUCCGGACGAACCACCACUGAAGGCACCACACUCCUCUCUACACAGCCAACAUCACAGGAAAGCACCACGACGCUUCUGCCCCCACUUUCCACUACCAUAUCAGUCACCUCCACUGCUUCUCCUCCAACUCCAGGCACAGCAACAGGAUCAACCGGUACACCACCACCGCCAACCAGCACAAUCCCACCUGUGACAGGCACGCGUCCACAAACUUCAUCGGGUUCCACCCAUCCUCCUUCCGGACGAACCACCACUGAAGGCACCACACUCCUCUCUACACAGCCAACAUCACAGGGAAGCACCACCACGCUUCUACCCCCAAUUUCCACUACCGUAUCAGUCACCUCCACUGCUUCUCCUCCAACUCCAGGCACAGCAACAGGCUCAACCGGUACACCACCACCGCCAACAGGCACAAUCCCACCUGCGACAGUCACGCGUCCACAAACUUCAUCGGGUUCCACCCUUCCUCCUUCCGGACGAACCACCACUGAAGGCACCACACUCCUCUCUACACAGCCAACAUCACAGGGAAGCACCACCACGCUUCUACCCCCACUUUCCACUACCGUAUCAGUCACCUCCACAGCUUCUCCUCCAACUCCAGGCACAGCAACAGGCUCAACCGGUACACCACCACCGCCAACAGGCAAAAUCCUACCUGCGACAGGCACGCGUCCACAAACUUCAUCGGGUUCCACCCUUCCUCCUUCCGGACAAACCACCACUGAAGGCACCACACUCCUCCCUACACAGCCAACAUCACAGGGAAGCACCACCACGCUUCUACCCCCACUUUCCACUACCGUAUCAGUCACCUCCACUGCUUCUCCUCCAACUCCAGGCACAGCAACAGGCUCAACCGCCAACAUCACAGGGAAGCACCACCACGCUUCUACCCCCACUUUCCACUACCGUAUCAGUCACCUCCACUGCUUCUCCUCCAACUCCAGGCACAGCAACAGGCUCAACCGGUACACCACCACCGCCAACCAGGCACAAUCCAACCUGCGACAGGCACGCGUCCACAAACUUCAUCGGGUUCCACCCUUCCUCCUUCCGGACAAACCACCACUGAAGGCACCACACUCCUCCUCUACACAGCCAACUUCACAGGGAAGCACCACCACGCUUCUACCCCCACUUUCCACUACCGUAUCAGUCACCUCCACUGCUUCUCCUCCAACUCCAGGCACAGCAACAGGCUCACCCGGUACACCACCACUGCCAACAGGCACAAUCCCACCUGCGACAGGCACGCGUCCACAACCUUCAUCGGGUUCCACCCUUCCUCCUUCCGGACGAACCACCACUGAAGGCACCACACUCCUCUCUACACAGCCAACAUCACAGGGAAGCACCACCACGCUUCUACCCCCACUUUCCACUACCGUAUCAGUCACCUCCACUGCUUCUCCUCCAACUCCAGGCACAGCAACAGGCUCAACCGGUACACCACCACCGCCAACAGGCACAAUCCCACCUGUGACAGGCACGCGUCCACAAACUUCAUCGGGUUCCACCCUUCCUCCUUCCGGACGAACCACCACUGAAGGCACCACACUCCUCUCUACACAGCCAACAUCACAGGGAAGCACCACCACGCUUCUACCCCCACUUUCCACUACCGUAUCAGUCACCUCCACUGCUUCUCCUCCAACUCCAGGCACAGCAACAGGCUCACCUGGUACACCACCACCGCCAACCAGCACAAUCCCACCUGUGACAGGCACGCGUCCACAAACUUCAUCGGGUUCCACCCUUCCUCCUUCCGGACAAACCACCACUGAAGGCACCACACUCCUCCCUACACAGCCAACAUCACAGGGAAGCACCACCACGCUUCUACCCCCACUUUCCACUACCGUAUCAGUCACCUCCACUGCUUCUCCUCCAACUCCAGGCACAGCAACAGGCUCAACCGGUACACCACCACCGCCAACCAGCACAAUCCCACCUGUGACAGGCACGCGUCCACAAACUUCAUCGGGUUCCACCCUUCCUCCUUCCGGACGAACCACCACUGAAGGCACCACACUCCUCUCUACACAGCCAACUUCACAGGGAAGCACCACCACGCUUCUACCCCCACUUUCCACUACCGUCUCAGUCACCUCCACUGCUUCUCCUCCAACUCCAGGCACAGCAACAGGCUCAACCGGUACACCAGCACCGCCAACAGGCACAAUCCCACCUGCGACAGUCACGCGUCCACAAACUUCAUCGGGUUCCACCCUUCCUCCUUCCGGACGAACCACCACUGAAGGCACCACACUCCUCUCUACACAGCCGACUUCACAGGGAAGCACCACCACGCUUCUACCCACACUUUCCACUGCCGUAUCAGUCACCUCCACUGCUUCUCCUCCAACUCCAGGCACAGCAACAGGCUCAACUGGUACACCACCACCGCCAACAGGCACAAUCCUACCUGCGACAGGCACGCGUCCACAAACUUCAUCGGGUUCCACCCUUCCUCCUUCCGGACGAACCACCACUGAAGGCACCACACUCCUCUCUACACAGCCAACAUCACAGGGAAGCACCACCACGCUUCUACCCCCACUUUCCACUACCGUAUCAGUCACCUCCACUGCUUCUCCUCCAACUCCAGGCACAGCAACAGGCUCACCUGGUACACCACCACCGCCAACCGGCACAAUCCCACCUGCGACAGGCACGCGUCCACAAACUUCAUCGGGUUCCACCCUUCCUCCUUCCGGACGAACCACCACUGAAGGCACCACACUCCUCUCUACACAGCCAACUUCACAGGGAAGCACCACCACGCUUCUACCCCCACUUUCCACUACCGUCUCAGUCACCUCCACUGCUUCUCCUCCAACUCCAGGCACAGCAACAGGCUCACCCGGUACACCACCACCUGCCAACAGGCACAAUCCCACCUGCGACAGGCACGCGUCCACAAACCUUCAUCGGGUUCCACCCUUCCUCCUUCCGGACGAACCACCACUGAAGGCACCACACUCCUCUCUACACAGCCAACAUCACAGGGAAGCACCACCACGCUUCUACCCCCACUUUCCACUACCGUAUCAGUCACCUCCACUGCUUCUCCUCCAACUCCAGGCACAGCAACAGGCUCAAUCGGUACACCACCACCGCCAACAGGCACAAUCCUACCUGCGACAGGCACGCGUCCACAAACUUCAUCGGGUUCCACCCUUCCUCCUUCUGGACGAACCACCACUGAAGGCACCACACUCCUCUCUACACAGCCAACUUCACAGGGAAGCACCACCACGCUUCUACCCCCACUUUCUACUACAGUAUCAGUCACCUCCACUGCUUCUCCUCCAACUCCAGGCACAGCAACAGGCUCAACCGGGAAGCACCACCACGCUUCUACCCCCACUUUCCACUACCGUAUCAGUCACCUCCACUGCUUCUCCUCCAACUCCAGGCACAGCAACAGGCUCACCUGGCACAGCAACAGGCUCAACCGGUACACCACCACCGCCAACAGGCACAAUCCCACCUGUGACAGGCACGCGUCCACAAACUUCAUCGGGUUCCACCCUUCCUCCUUCCGGACGAACCACCACUGAAGGCACCACACUCCUCUCUACACAGCCAACAUCACAGGGAAGCACCACCACGCUUCUACCCCCACUUUCCACUACCGUAUCAGUCACCUCCACUGCUUCUCCUCCAACUCCAGGCACAGCAACAGGCUCAACCGGUACACCACCACCGCCAACAGGCACAAUCCCACCUGUGACAGUCACGCGUCCACAAACUUCAUCGGGUUCCACCCAUCCUCCUUCCGGACGAACCACCACUGAAGGCACCACACUCCUCUCUACACAGCCAACUUCACAGGGAAGCACCACCACGCUUCUACCCCCACUUUCCACUACCGUCUCAGUCACCUCCACUGCUUCUCCUCCAACUCCAGGCACAGCAACAGGCUCAACUGGUACACCACCACCGCCAACCAGCACAAUCCCACCUGCGACAGGCACGCGUCCCCAAACUUCAUUGGGUUCCACCCUUCCUCCUUCCGGACGAACCACCACUGAAGGCACCACACUCCUCUCUACACAGCCAACUUCACAGGGAAGCACCACCACGCUUCUACCCCCACUUUCCACUACCGUCUCAGUCACCUCCACUGCUUCUCCUCCAACUCCAGGCACAGCAACAGGCUCAACCGGUACACCACCACUGCCAACAGGCACAAUCCCACCUGCGACAGGCACGCGUCCACAAACUUCAUCGGGUUCCACCCUUCCUCCUUCCGGACGAACCACCACUGAAGGCACCACACUCCUCUCUACACAGCCAACAUCACAGGGAAGCACCACCACGCUUCUCCCCCCACUUUCCACUACCGUCUCAGUCACCUCCACUGCUUCUCCUCCAACUCCAGGCACAGCAACAGGCUCAACCGGUACACCACCACCGCCAACAGGCACAAUCCCACCUGCGACAGGCACGCGUCCACAACCUUCAUCGGGUUCCACCCUUCCUCCUUCCGGACGAACCACCACUGAAGGCACCACACUCCUCUCUACACAGCCAACAUCACAGGGAAGCACCACCACGCUUCUACCCCCACUUUCCACUACCGUAUCAGUCACCUCCACUGCUUCUCCAACUCCAGGCACAGCAACAGGCUCAACCAGUACACCAGCACCGCCAACAGGCACAAUCCCACCUCUGACAGGCACGCGUCCACAACCUUCAUCGGGUUCCACCCUUCCUCCUUCCGGACGAACCACCACUGAAGGCACCACACUCCUCUCUACACAGCCAACUUCACAGGGAAGCACCACCACGCUUCUACCCCCACUUUCUACUACAGUAUCAGUCACCUCCACUGCUUCUCCUCCAACUCCAGGCACAGCAACAGGCUCAACCGGUACACCACCACCGCCAACAGGCACAAUCCCACCUGCGACAGGCACGCGUCCACAACCUUCAUCGGGUUCCACCCUUCCUCCUUCCGGACAAACCACCACUGAAGGCACCACACUCCUCUCUACACAGCCAACAUCACAGGGAAGCACCACCACGCUUCUACCCCCACUUUCCACUACCGUAUCAGUCACCUCCACUGCUUCUCCUCCAACUCCAGGCACAGCAACAGGCUCAACCGGUACACCACCACCGCCAACAGGCACAAUCCCACCUGUGACAGGCACGCGUCCACAAACUUCAUCGGGUUCCACCCUUCCUCCUUCCGGACGAACCACCCCUGAAGGCACCACACUCCUCUCUACACAGCCAACAUCACAGGGAAGCACCACCACGCUUCUACCCCCAAUUUCCACUACCGUAUCAGUCACCUCCACUGCUUCUCCUCCAACUCCAGGCACAGCAACAGGAUCAACCGGUACACCACCACCGCCAACAGGCACAAUCCCACCUGCAACAGGCACGCGUCCACAAACUUCAUCGGGUUCCACCCUUCCUCCUUCCGGACGAACCACCCCUGAAGGCAGCACACUCCUAUCUACACGGCCAGUAUCACAGGGAAGCACCACCACGCUUUUACCCCCAGUUUCCACUACCCUAUCAGUCAGCUCCACUGCUUCUCCUCCAACUCCAGGCACAGCAAUGGGCUCAACCGUUACAACACCACUGCCAACAGGCACAAUCCCACCUGUGACAGGCACACGUGGAGAAAUGACAACAGGUUCAGCCUCCACGGGUAUGGGAUCCACCAUCGCAGGGAGUACUAUGCUUCUUUCCACACUCCCAGCACAGCCAACAUCACAGGGAAGGACCACCACAGUUUUAUCUCCAGUUUCCACGACUCUUGCCGUCUCUCCAACUUUCAGCAUUAUAACCCCUGCAACAUCAGCUAUUUCACGGCUUACUUCUUCAGUGUCUGCAACAACAGAAGGCCCCAGUAUAGCCUACACAUCAAGUGAAAAAAUUACAUCUUUCACUUCAAGCAGAGUCACACCAUGUUUAUGCAAUGUGUCUGGUGAUUUCUUUUCUCCUGGUGAAGUUAUAUACAACAGAACAGAUAGUACUGGUUGUAGUUUUUAUGCACUUUGCAGUAAAAGAUGCGAAAUUGAACGAUUCCAGGGGCUAUGUCCUACAACAACUCCUGUUUCAUUCAUCUCAUCAUCUACAAUACCAACUAAACCUACUCCAGUAGCAGGUUGCCCUGAUGCUGACCCACCACGAAAGAGGAAUGAAUCCUGGAUGUUAAACAAUUGCACUAUGGCAACUUGUGAGGGAGACAACAGAAUUGUUCUACUGCUUCCUCCAGCUGUAGAGACGAUUACUUGUGCAAGUGGACUCCCACCAAUAAAAGUCUAUGAUGAGGAUGGCUGCAACUACCACUAUGAGUGUGACUGUGUUUGCAGCGGCUGGAGCAAUUCUCACUACUUGACUUUUGAUGGCACUCACUACACAUUCCAUGACAACUGCACAUAUGUGCUGAUGAAACAGAUUGUGCCCAAAUACAAUUUCAGCAUCCUUGUUGACAAUGCCUUCUGUGAUGUGGCUGAUGGAUUCUCCUGCCCCAGAUCUAUCAUUGUGAAUUACAACUCCAUGGAAAUAGUGCUGAGCAGUCAGAUAAACCAGGGGAAGAGAAAUAACAAGAUUCUUGUCAACAAGGAGCCAAUCAAUGGAGGCUUCAGCAGAGAUGGCAUUUCAGUUGCCAAUGGUGGAACAGACAUGGUUGUUGAAAUCCCAGACAUCAAGUCUUACAUCUCCUUCAGUGGACUCACCUUCACAGUGAAAAUGCCAUUCAGGAUGUUUAGAAACAACACUGAAGGCCAGUGUGGCACGUGUUCAAAUGACAAGGUGGACGAAUGCCGCAUGCCAAGUGGAGAAGUAGUUUCCUCUUGUUCAGAGAUGGCUGCCGCCUGGCAGGUUCAGGAUGAAAAUAAGCCCAGUUGUGAAGGGCCCCCAACACCACCUGUCACGCCAACAACUCCACCUGUGCCCUGCAAUUCUACUUCUCCUCUUUGUGAGCUGAUUUUGAGCGAUCUCUUUGCAGAGUGUCAUAAGAUUCUGACUCCCAGCACAUUCUAUGAGAGUUGCAUCUUUGAUUCAUGCCACGUUACCAAUGAAGCUAUACCAUGCUUCCGUUUGGAAACGUAUGCCUCCCUCUGCUCUGCUAAAGGUGCCUGUGCCGACUGGAGAAGCAAGACCCAAGGACAAUGCCCAUACAACUGUCCUCAAGGCAAGGUGUAUGAUGCGUGUGGCCCUCUUAACCCUGUCACCUGUAAUUCCGGAACUGUUAACCACAUAAGUGAAUAUGUUGCUGAAGGAUGCUUCUGCCCCAGGGGUUCGAUUCUCUUCAAUUCAUACACUGACGUCUGUGUGUCAGAAUGCGUUUGCGUGGGACCAGAUGGAAUGCCCAAACUGCCUGGAGACAUUUGGAAGAGUAACUGCCAGGAGUGUGUCUGUGACCCAUUCUCUGUUACUGUACAAUGUAAGUCACUUACAUGUCAAACACCCAAGACACGCGUGUGUGAGAAAGAAGGAUUCGUAUCUGUCCCAGUGUUGACACCAGAAGACCCAUGCUGUCCUGAAACUGAAUGCAGAUGCAAUACAAGCGCCUGUUCCCGGGCCAAGACAACUUGUGAGCCAGGGUAUCGGCUCAUCACAAUCCUUUCAGAAGGAGACUGCUGUGUCAAUUAUACAUGUGAACCAAUACCAGAUGUCUGUGUGCUUAAUGGAACUAUUUACCAGCCUGGAAUGUCUGUUCCAAUGGACUCUUGUAAGACGUGUACCUGCAGUUCUGAAGCAGAUCCAGCCUCCAACAGAAACCUUCUGCAUUGUGAGCCAGUCCAGUGCGACACCACUUGCCCCCUGGGUUAUGAAUACACGAUGAAAGAUGGAGAGUGCUGCGGAAAGUGUGUCCAGGUGGCUUGCACAAUCAAGCUGACUAACAACACUGUCCAGGUGCUCAAGCCGGGUGAUAUCUGGAAGCCUGAAGAUAAUCCAUGCAGCUAUUACAAAUGUGAAGAAGCUGAAGAUCAGCUUAUUUCAGUCACUGUUCUGAGAACAUGUCCUGCCUUUGACCCAGAGGACUGCGAGCCUGAUGAAGUACACUUGACUCCUGACGGCUGCUGCAAAACUUGUACCGCUAAAUCAACAAUCUGCAAGGUUUACAAGAACUCAACUGUGAUCCGCCACAAUGAAUGUGAAUCUUCUGAGCCGGUUGAACUGACAUACUGCGAAGGUGUUUGUGCGAGCUCCUCAAUGUAUUCCUCUGAAGCACAGCAGAUGCAACACAAGUGUAACUGCUGCCAGGAACUCAAGAGCCACAAGAGAGAGGUGACCCUGACGUGCCGCAAUGGAACAAGCAUGAAUUAUGACUAUGUCUAUGUGGAACAGUGCCAAUGCAUAAGUGGAUGCAUUAUGGAAACCACAACCACUACAACAGUUCCAGUAGGAACAAGAGCGGAGAAGAACAAGAAUAUCUUAGGAAAAAAGAACCCAAGAAGUCUAAAGCAGUUAAAAUCAAAAGCAACAUAGAAAAAAUAACCUGUGCAUCGCCUUAAAACGCCAUUUCUUACUUAUUUCAGUUUCCACUAUCGCCAUUUUUCACUUCUUAAAUGUGAGACUAUUCAGAAUCCAAAUAACUAAGUCUUCCUAUGUAUUUUCAUUUCUAAACAAUACAGCUUUUGAGGGGGGAAAGGAGGAACAAAAUUAUAACUUGCAUUGUUCGUCCUGAUUUAAGCCAAAAAGUACUUUCCUUUACCAUUUCCCCUGUGAAGGUUGUAGGCCAUUUAGUUCUAUCCUUUUCGCCAAUUUUUUUCUUUUUAGUAUUCUCAUUGUUUCAGUGGGUCACCCAUUACGGUUAUUUGUGUGCAUGUGUAUAAAUAAAAACAACUGAAGACCCCUGGAAAAUAGCCUUCGUUUACAUCAUGGGCAUUCGCAAUUAUUCCAGUCAACUGUUUACAACAUUAAUAUUUCGGCAAGAAGUAGUAGGAUGACUCUUUAAAACAAAAAUAAUGGUGAUAGUGAGGUAAUGUUUUACGUAGAAAACGGAAUUUUGUAGUUAUGUUGCACAGUCCUUGGCUAUUUAUUUGUGAGUAGAGAAAUAAUUUUAUUGGGGGACGUCACUGUCUAUGGAUUUAAGGUUUUGUAUGGGGUUAACAGGCAGUCUUUUCCUGUUCAUUUUGUUCUUACAUGAUUAAUAAAGCUUUCAGCAUUUUUCA